AUGAAGUUCUCCACCACUCUUGUUGCCCUUGUCGCUGCUGGUCUGGCCCAGGCCCAGCUGCCUGAUGUCCCUGAGUGCUCGCUGUCAUGCUUCGUCAGUGCCCUCAGUAGCGAUGGCUGCUCCGAGCUCCUCGACUUCAAGUGCCACUGCCAGAAGACCGAGCUGGUCAGCAGCAUCACUCCUUGCGUGAAGAAGGCCUGUGAGGUCCCUGACCAGAUCUCCGUCUCCAACGCUGUCGUUGCUCAGUGCUCCUCUGCUGGUCACCCCAUCUCCGUGCCUCCCGUUGAGACCACCGGCGCUUCUAGCGCUACCUCCACCGGGGCCGGCUCCUCGAGUUCCGCUCCCGCCGAGACCAGUGCUACCGCCACUGCCACCCCCACUGCCACUGCCAGCGAGAGCUCCAGCGCGGCUGAGUCCUCUGCUGCUGAGUCCACCUCCGCCGAGACCACUACUGUUGGCUCCACCGCCGUCGGCUCCAGCGGUGCUGCUACCUCCACCCCUCUCGGCACCAAGACCGGCUCCGCCUCCGCCUCGGCUUCUUCCCCUGCCUACACUGGCGCUGCUGCCAAUGUCAAGGGUAACCUUGCCGGCGUCGCUGCUGCUGUCGCUGCCGCCGCUUACGUCCUGUAA